AUAGACACAAGUUACAUCAGAUAAUGUCACAAUUCAUCACUACUUAGCCAAAAUGCUUGGCCAACGGAGGAGUCAAAGGCUACAAUACCAGGAAACAGCACUGAAACCAGCAGCUCCUGUUUUGUUAGCAGGACUGUUCUGCUUCAUAGCUGCCUCUAUAUCCAGCGCAGGUGGGGUUGGUGGUGGAGGGUUGUUUAUCCCCAUGCUGACUAUUGUGGGAGGUCUAGACCUCAAAACUGCCUCAAGUUUCUCAGCUUUUAUGGUCACAGGAGGCUCCGUUGCAAAUGUUAUAUACAACUUGUGCACCACAAGUGAAAAGUUUGGUGGCAAGUGUUUGAUUGAUUAUGACAUAGCCCUUUUAUCAGAGCCUAGUAUGUUGCUAGGAGUGAGCAUAGGAGUCAUCUGCAACCUUGUCUUCCCUGAGUGGUUGAUCACUAUUCUAUUUGCCAUUUUGCUUGCUUUGUCCACCUUUAAGACCCUCAGAAAUGGGAUUUUCUACUGGAAAAUUGAAUCAGAAACAGUGAGGAGAAGUGCGAAUGCAGAAUUGGAAGAUGGGGUGAGUGGAGAUGGAACUUGUGGUGAGACUGGAGAAGGAAUCAAGAGUCUCAAAGAGCCUUUGUGCAGGAUGGAAGGAAGUGAAAAGUCCAGAUUCCCAUGGAUGAAACUGGGGGUCUUACUCAUGAUCUGGUUUUCCUUCUUUCUUCUAUAUCUUCUUCGUGGAAAUCGCUAUGGUCAGGGUAUUACCAGAAUGAAGCCUUGUGGAUGGGCAUAUUGGGUUCUCUCAUUGUUUCAGAUUCCUCUUGCCAUAGCUUUUACAGCUUGUAUCCUCCAUGGGAGAAAGAGACUCCCAUUCCAAGUUCCUGUGCAACAGGGCAUAGGAGACUUUGCACAAAAUGGAUCGUUUAAAGAGCUUAUUUUCCCAUUAAUGGCCCUGUUAGCAGGGAUCUUAGGUGGGAUUUUUGGAAUUGGAGGUGGAAUGCUCAUAAGCCCACUUCUCCUUCAGGUUGGGAUAGCUCCGGAGGUAACAGCAGCAACUUGUUCUUUCAUGGUGUUAUUUUCAUCUACAAUGUCUGCAUUCCAGUACUUACUUCUGGGCAUGGAGCACACUGGUACAGCUCUCAUAUUUUCCAUCAUCUGUUUCAUUGCAUCCCUUCUUGGUCUGCUCAUCGUGCAGAAAGUAAUACAAGAAUUUGGGAGGGCAUCCGUCAUUGUAUUCUCAGUCGGAAUAGUGAUGGGGCUGAGUACUGUUCUGAUGACAAGCUUUGGAGCACUGGAUGUCUGGGAUGACUAUAUAUCAGGGAAGUAUAUGGGAUUCAAACCACCCUGUUGAAGUCAGCUUUCUAAAUUAGUUCGACACUGAACUACAUUUUAACGACAGUUGAAAUGUAGUAGUAGAGUAACAGAAAUAAAGUUGCUGACAGAAA